CGCUCUCGCGGUGGCGAACCUCAACACACGUCCGCCGCGAAUUUCGCGCUGACAGUACUUUCGGUCGGCGUCCGCUUGAUCGCGCGGGUGACCAAGUGGUCCGCCAGUGUCUUGUGCAACUGUGUGCCUCGCUACCGGAGAAAAUCAAAUAAAGUGCGUUGGAUAUGGUGGUCAUGACGGAUGUCGCGCCGAUGUUUUCUAACGGUACGAUUUCACAAGUGCCCGGCAAAACUGUAUAAGAAAGCUUCGACGCGUUUUGCAACGUUCAUAUGGAAACACGUAGGAGGAUGCUUGAAAUGGCACUGUCUAUCCUAUUAAAGAGACUGUUGACGAUAGGAGGUCUUCAAGAUACGUCUUCGACUCGAAACUGGGAAUUAAUCAAACGAACUUGUGAUUAAAUGGACCCAACGGAUGGUUAUCAAGCGGAUUGUAGGAUCACAACUUUACGAGAUAGACAUUUGAUUCCGGAUUUGGGAAACUCCUGUAUUUUGUGAAUGCGUUUCUUAUUAAUGAAAUGUAAAUUACGAGCAGUGCAAACUUAUCGUGUCAAAAAUAAUUCAUAGUGUAUCUUUGUCGUGCAACGUUUAUAAGAGUGUGUAAAGCUUAUAACGGGGGGCAUCAAAACCAUCAUCGAGUGACGCGAAAAAGGCAAUAAUAAUUCAAAACACAGACCGUCUGAUUUGCAUCGAGAAUCGCGACUGAUGCGUCACGAGACAAGAUGAACGUCGUCAGAUUCAAGAUGAUCAGCUAUUCAACGAUCAGUUUUGUGAUCCUCUGGGCCACUCUGUCGUCGGGCAGUUUGUCGACCGGAGAGUUGCUGGAAUGUCGGGCGAACUUGACGGCGGUGAUCAAGAACGACACGAUGUUCCUGGGGAAGGUGCGCCAGUCGGACUACAUCUUCACCGGAAAAGUCAAGGAACUGCGACACGGGCGGCUGUUACACGCGCGUGUCAAGAGGGCGAUAAAGGGCACGUUGAACGCCACCGUCGAUCUCGUCGUGAACGAUACCUGUAGCUGUUACAUCAGGCGCGGUUACACCGGCAUCUUCAUGGCACGUCGCGGCGACGUAGGAAAGAUCGUGAUGCACUUCGGCCCUGUGCCACUCACGCUCGCCAAUCUCGACAGGCUGAACGCCGCCGUCAGAGGUGAGUCGUUGAAACAAUCGUAUUUGUCAUCCGCGAAUUUUUUCCGGGACUAAUGGAAACCCUUGCGGUAAGACCGCUCCUUGAUUUACGAGCUCGGGAUAUGAAUGUGCAGGUGGAGGUUCGGUAAAGGUGUCGGGACUGAGUUAUUAUCUGAAAAAUAUGUUUUCGCGGAAACUUCGGAUUAAAUUGACAAAGAGCCCAAGUUUUCAACGUUACGAAUUGCGCCCCCAAAGGCGUGAUUUAUAUCGGCAUUACGGGCUUUUUAAGAAACGACGUCCGCCAGCCGAAUUUCUUUGAUCGAUACUUAGACGGGAGCAAGGAUGACAUAAUUGCAUCUGCAUCUGUGUGUCGCGUGAUAAUAAAUAUUUGGUCUGCUUUCGUAGCGUCUAAUAUUUAAAAGUGUUAUCUUCUAAUCGUUUAUUAUAAACUAAGAAGAUUAGCGGCUGUGUGAUUAAACGUUAAGUUUACUUUAAUAUAUUUGCACAUAAUGAGACCCUCUGAUUACCAUAAUUCUUUCUAACAAUAAGGAAGAAUGUUCUCUCUUUCCUGGUUCGAUAUAUAUCCAGCUCUAAUACGGGAAUUCUCUUGUAGAGUAAGCCUGAUAUUUAUGUCUACAUUCCAUUUAGACUAGCCGAAAGCAACGUAUUCUCGUUGCGGAGGCGAGUAAGAGGGGAGAUUACUCGUCGUACCACCUUCUUACCGCCCAAUUGAUCUUCGCUUCUUAAUUGCAAUUAACCUCGAACCUCGAACGUAAUUAUAACGGAAUUAAAUUAAAAUGCUAUGAGGGAUGAGCGCGCGGACGCUGGUAAUGAGAGCGGAUAAAGAAAAGUUAUCUUUCCAUCUCGAAAUUAAAUCGCAAAAAUUUCCUACUUCUUGCCUUAGACUUUUCGCGAUUGCGGAAGGAAGUGCACGUCGCUCAGGCAAGUUUGUUUCAUUGGGGAGAAAGUUUCGGCGAACGGAUUAAUGAGGAGUUAUAUCCAAGAUUGUUAAAGAUAAUCUCGUUUCAAUGAGCGGACGUAAUUUGCAAGAAAGAAUAUCUCACGAGAAAAUAAUAUUGAUUCUAUCGCAGGUGAGGCUCUGAUAACCUCGGCUCUCUUUAAAACAGCCGUUACCGGCCGUCACGUAAUAUUUAUUCGGUGUCAUUCCGAGAGCCAUAUCGUCGUAUAUUAACGCCGCACUUUAUACGGCAAUAAAAGCAACGGAUUGCUGGUAGCUAUUAGCUAGCAGGUCGACAAGAACAAGAAGGACGCAAGGAAUAUCUAGCAAGGACUCUCCGGGAAACUUUUGGCGGAAUUGUAGGAUUCUAACCCGGUUCAGUUAAUGGCAGCAGCGCGGUCUCGUGUAGUUUAACCUAGCCUAACUUAUCCUUAGAUUAGUUCAACGGACCGUGUACUUGUUCACUGGCCCCACCUUACCGGCAGCUCGCUACUAAAUGCUAUCUAUAAUCAUGCAGCUCUGGUAGUUGCACAUUAUACAAGACGUGCCUACAAAUAGCUGCUCUUGUCGGCCGUCCUCGAAACAAUGUACACUUAAAAAGCUGCGACGCGUAAUAUUUUAGGAGAAUUUCUUAUCGAAACAUUGAUAUUUAUAAUCAAUUUUUCCGUAUCUAUAAUCAUUUCCUGCAAUUUUUUCUGCCGUGAUUUAAAAAUGCAGUUUUUAAGACAAGAAGAAAUUUUUAUUCUUACAUGCAAAUAGAAAAAUAAAAAUGUAUAUAUAAUUAUCUCUUUCUUCCCGAGAUAGACAUAUCGUUCUAAAGAUGAUUAGCGGUCUUGAUUAAUAGAUUUGGUUAUUAAACGUUAGUAUUCGGGAUUUGGUGAAACGUGCGUCACGACGUGGCGAGCGUACGUGAUCUUAAUUCUCGGUGCACGGGUGACAUUAACUUCCAAUCAUGUACGCGUCAGUAUUUACCGAUUCCCGAGGUUCGUCUCACCCUCCAAGAGGUACAUACAUAACGCCCCUUUGAUGGAGGUAGUAUCUAUAGCGCACCCCCGUCGUGAGCCAGUGAUGUGUACUUAAGGAAUCGACGCCAAAUAUAAUUACCGGUUUCGUCCGUUUGCCUCUAGCAAACACACCCCCAGCUAAUACAGUCAAACACAUCGCUAUCGCCACUUCCUCUCCUCCGUUCGAUCGUCCUGAAACCUCAGCUUGCGGCGUCGUGCAAUAUGUCCUAAAUUGGACUGUUAUUCACCGCUCAUAUUUACAGUUCAAAAUAAUAGUAAUGAUAACAUGUAGCAAUCUGUAAUAAUUAAUACACCAUAACGGCGAAAGCCUGUC